AUGCCUCAACACGCCCGCGUCGAGGAGGUCGACUCCGACCCCGAUGAGGUCGCCCCCUCCGACUUUGAUGUCGGCGACGCCAUCAUUGCCCCCGCCAACAUCCCCUCGCGCGCACCUGCAAACCCCACGCCGCCCAACAUGGCCAACAUGGCGAACAUGGCCAAUGCCGCCAAUGAGGCUCAGAUGGCCGAACCCCAGCGCGAGAUCCCCAAACACUUCCAGUGCCUCUAUCCCGUCUACUUCGACAAGACCCGCUCGCGCGCCGAGGGCCGCAAGGUGGGCGCCGAGCUGGCGGUGGAAAAUCCGCUGGCUCGCGAUAUCGCCGACGCGGUGCAGAUGCUCGGAUUGCAGGUCGGUCUGGAGCCGGAGAAGCUGCAUCCGAAGGACUGGGCGAAUCCCGGGCGCCAUCAUCUCUACAUCCUUGUCGCGCAGUAUCUGAAAGCCCACCCGACCAACGAGCAAUCCCCGUACCGAUUACGGAUCCGCGGCCUGCCCGUGCCUGACAAACUCCCCGACGCCCCUUCGGCGCCGCGCGGCUGGAAGAUCGGAAAGAUCCUGCCGAUCCACUCGCCCGCCUACAGUGGUGGCGGGGUCAGUGAUAACCCGUUGCAGGAUGCCAUGGCCGAGAUGCAGAGCAUGGGGGGAAUGCCGGGAAUGCCUGCGAUUCCAGGUAUGCCGGGGAUGAUGGACAUGGGCGGGCCGUCGGGGCCUGGGGGUGGUGCGGAGAAGAAGAAGAAGGAGAAGAAAAAGGGCAAGGCAUGA